AUGUUCAAGAAGUUGGCCGUUACGCUGCCAUAUACUCCUCCAGACUCAGACCCGCCAAACUCUUCGGGAGUUGACUAUCCUGCUCCUACAACCCCUACACCAGCCGUGACGGCACGAAAGUUCCUCCAGCCAAAAGGCCAUGUGCGACACUCGUCUACCGAGUCGUUUCCAGUGCUUAAACUUCCUGCAGAGAUCCGACUCCUGGUCUACAGAAGUUUCCUCACGAUCCCGCCCGAGAAAGCAUGCGGGCAGUGCGACAAAAAGCACCAAGACAAAAGAGUAACCAUCACUUUGGCAAGAAAGAAUCUCAGACGUGUGUGA